AUGGCACGGUCACAAUAUACCACGGAGCCCAUCGUGGUUGUCGGCACUGGCUGUCGUUUUCCGGGAGGCAUCAACAGCCCGUCCAAGCUCUGGGAUGCCAUUUGUUCACAGCGUGACCUUCUCUCGCCAAUUCCCCCUUCUCGGUUCAAUCCAAAGGGGUUCUAUCAUUCCAAUGGCGAGCGCCACGGAAGCACCAAUGUCGACAGAGCAUAUCUUCUCGAAGGAGAUAUCAGCGCUUUCGAUGCCGCAUUCUUCGGCAUCAACCCACGCGAGGCCGAAGCAAUCGACCCACAACACCGAAUGCUUCUCGAGACCGUGUACGAGGCCAUGGAAGAUGCAGGUCUCACAGUAAACCAGAUGAAAGGCUCUAACACUGCAGUCUAUGUUGGUCUGAUGACUGGAGACUAUCACGAACUGCAAAUCCGAGACCCGGAAAAUAUGCCCGUGUAUAUGGCAACGGGCACAGCGCGCAGUAUUCUGUCCAACCGACUGUCAUAUUUCUUCGACUGGAAAGGCCCAUCCAUGACCAUUGACACGGCAUGCUCGUCGAGUCUGGUGGCGUUACACCAUGCCGUGCAAUCACUCCGCUCCGGGGAGUGCCAGGUUGCUGUGGCCGCUGGUGCCAAUCUCAUCCUGGGACCGGAGAUGAUGAUAGCCGAAUCGAACCUGCACAUGCUGUCCCCCACGGGACGGUCACCCGAUGGAUAUGCUCGUGGAGAAGGUUUCUCUGCGGUGAUGCUGAAAACGCUCUCCCAAGCCAUCGCCGACGGUGAUCAAAUUGACUAUAUCAUUCGCGAGACCGGUGUGAACCAGGAUGGCCGCACUCAAGGAAUCACCAUGCCCAGCUCUUCGUCCCAGACAGCGCUUAUUCGCCAAACGUACCGUAAGGCUGGUCUUGAUUGCACUCGUGUGGAGGAUCGGUGCCAAUUCUUCGAGGCUCACGGCACCGGAACCCCUCGCGGCGAUCCGAUAGAAGCCCAGGCCAUUCAUGAUGCAUUUUUUGCAUCCAAGUCGCCGGAGAAUUGCGGCAUCUAUGUUGGUUCCGUCAAAACCGUCAUCGGUCACUUGGAGGGGUGCGCUGGCUUGGCCGGCCUGGUCAAGGCAGGAGAAGCAGUCCGCAGAGGAGAAAUCCCUCCCAAUAUGCAUUUCAAUCACAUGAACCCUGAAAUUAUUCCCAUCUCGCAUGGCAUGACUGUUCCAACGCAAACUCUUCCGUGGCCCAGCUCGAGCGGCGUCCGACGGGCCAGUGUGAACUCCUUUGGAUUCGGAGGCACCAACGCCCAUGCGAUUAUCGAGAGCUAUGACCAGUCUCCAAAGGAACCACCUACACCAAGCAUCUGCUUGCCAUUGCCUUUCACAUUCUCUACUUCAAGUGAGAGCUCGCUAGUUCAGAGCAUUCGCAACUUUGUGGAAUUCCUUGAAUCAAACGAUACUUUGGAGCUGAAUGAUGUUGCGUCGGCAUUGUCAACCCAACGCUCCCAGCUCCCAGUCCGAGUUGCAUUCUCAGGGACUUCGAAGGAGCUUUUGCUUGAGAAAAUGAAGGAUUCUCUGGGUGCAACUUCACUGGGUGAACGUAAGCAAAACACGACCGGAACCGCCAAGAUUCUUGGAGUCUUCACUGGCCAGGGUGCACAAUGGCCUCGAAUGGGAGGGGAACUUGUCAAAUUCUCGCCUCUGGCCCGGCGCACGCUGCUGAAAAUGCAGCACUCCCUUGAUUCCCUUCCUGACGGACCUUCUUGGUCAAUCGAAGAUCGGCUCCUCAACAUGGAAGACCCAUCGCAGAUUCAAGAGGCCGCAUUAUCUCAGCCACUAUGCACCGCUGUGCAGGUCAUGCUUGUGGAGCUAUUGCGCACUGCUGGAAUCUCUUUCGACGUCGUUGUGGGCCACUCCUCCGGCGAAAUUGGCGCUGCCUAUGCUGCCAGGCUGCUCUCGGCAGAGGACGCUAUUCGCAUUGCCUAUUAUCGGGGACUCUUUGCUAGGUUGGCAGGCAGUGCAACCGGUGGAUCGGGUAGCAUGAUGGCAGCAGGUUUGUCAUUUGACGAGGCCAAAACUUUCAUUUCAGAAAAUGGGUUUCAGGGACGAGUUUGCAUCGCAGCUAGCAAUUCUCCUCAGUCGGUGACACUCUCUGGCGAUGAAGAUGCCAUCGUGGAGGCCAAAGUCGUGCUGGACAAACAGCAGACUUUCUGCCGUCUGCUCAAGGUUGACACGGCUUACCAUUCUCACCAUAUGAUUCCGUGUCUUGAGUCCUACUGCGCAGCACUCCGCGCUUGUGAGAUCUCUCCCCUGCCACCCAUAGAAGGAUGUUCCUGGGUCUCCAGUGUUCAUGGGCGUCUGAUGACAACCGCGGAAGAACAUCAAUCUUUGACAGAGGCUUACUGGCGGGAUAACAUGGCACAAACUGUUCUUUUCUCACAGGCUGUACAAGCAGCCCAUGCAAUGUAUGGGCCAUUCGAUAUUGGACUGGAGGUCGGGCCUCAUCCAGCUUUGAAAGGCCCUACCACCCAGGCAAUCAAGGCAGAGAGUAACCGGGCUCUCCCUUACAGCGGUACUCUCGCCCGCUUCGGCAAUGACAUCGAGGCAAUGGCCGAUACCUUGGGCUUUAUUUGGAAAGAAUCGGGUGCCCAAGCCGUUGAUUUUGUUGGAUAUAGCCAAUACGCCUUCAACAUAUCCACCGGCAAGCUGCCACGCCAGUCACUUCCCCCUUACCCUUGGGACCACAGCCAGAGCUUUUGGAAAGAGUCGGUCAUGUCGCAAAACUACCGCCUUCGAUCGCUGAAUCGCCAUGAUCUUCUCGGUGCUCGCUGCCCAGAUGACCAUCCUCAUGACAUGCGCUGGCGAAACACUAUUCGUGUCUCCGAGGUGCCUUGGCUAUCUGGGCACAAGGUGCAAGGACAGAUCAUUUUCCCGGCCGCUGGUUAUUUGGUCAUGGCCCUAGAGGCCGCGAAGGAACUGUCUGACGACAGGCAAGUUGCGAUGGUUGAGCUUCAAAAUGUCGAGAUAUCCAGAGCCAUUGCCCUGUCCGAGGAUAGCGCUGUGGAUGUAAUGUUCCAUCUCAAACCGGCCAUGGGUGCUUCUCGUCGGAUGGCAGAGUUCUCAUGCUAUUCAGCAACACCUGGUAAGAAUGGCGCAACAUGGCAUCGCAAUGCGUCCGGGCAGGUCAAAGUGCACCUCUCCGAUGAGGGCCAGUUGGAUCUUCCCCAGCGACAAGAGCCCCCCGCCUCCCUCGUCCCAGUCAACAUGGAGUAUUUCUACUCGUCUCUCACCGAUAUUGGAUUAGAAUAUACCGGGCUCUUCCAGCGUCUUGAUAAGAUCCAGCGGCGCGCUGGCCAUGCUAUUGGACAUGCCGAAGACAUUCCCGUUGAUAGUGAAAUGCCUGUUAUGAUUCACCCUGCUCUGCUCGAUGCCUCGUUCCAGACCAUCUUUGCUGCUUUUUGCUGGCCUGGAGACGGUAGUCUGCAUAGCCCAUAUGUCCCGACAUUCUUGAAAUCUCUCCGGGUAGUCCCUGCACGGGUCGAUUCUGGCGCAGAGAAGAUGGUGGUCGACUGCACGAUCACCGAGUCCAAGGCACAGACAGUCUCAGCGGAUGUGGAUAUUUUCUCUCCCACUCGGCCUCGUGUUCAGCUGGAAGGCUUGACUUGUACCCUCCUUGGGCAGCCUGCCUCUGCCAACGACUGCGAGCUCUUUGCCGAGACAGUCUGGAAGGCAGAUGUGGAUUCCGGACUGGAAGAUCUGAAGCUUACCACGGAUAGCGCGAGCGAUGUCGAUCUGGUUGAUCUCUGCGAGCGCUUGUCAUAUUCCUAUCUUCGGGAGCUCAACUCCGUGGUCCAUCGUGAAGACGUGAAGACAUUUGUCUGGCACCACCAGCGGAUCUUUGAAUUCAUAGAUUACCUCUUCCCACUGAUCCAGAGCGGCAAUCACCCCACGAUCCGCAAGGAAUGGGCUAAUGAUUCGCAUGCUUGGCUUCUGUCGGAGGCCGCGAAGCAUCCUGGCCAAGUUGAUCUCCAGCUCAUCUCAGCUGUUGGCAAGAAUCUUGCCGCUGUGGUUUACGGCAAAACCACCAUGCUAGAACACAUGAUUGAAAAUGAUGUCCUCGAUCGAUUUUACAAAUACGGCCUCGGCUUCCAAAGAGCAAAUGGGGCGCUAAGCCGUCUCGCCCGCCAGAUCUCUCAUCGCUAUCCAAGAAUGAACGUCCUCGAGGUAGGCGCUGGUACUGGUGGUGCUACGAAGGGAGUCCUUGAGCAGCUUUCGGGAACUUUCUCAAACUACACUUUCACCGACACUUCCACCGGUUUCUUUGAGAAGGCACAGGAGCAGUUCCAGAAAUGGUCUUCUAAGAUGACCUACAAGGCGUUGAAUAUCGAGGGGGAUGUUGCUGCGCAGGGCUUCGAGGAUGGAAGCUUUGAUCUCAUCAUUGCCUCCAAUGUACUGCACGCUACCCAAAAUUUGGAAUUCACCAUGCAGAAUGUGCGGCGGCUUCUGAAACCCGGUGGCUAUUUGCUGCUUUUGGAAGUGACAAGCGAUAUCUUGAGAGUGAAGUUGAUGAUGUCUGGUCUUCAGGGCUGGUGGCUAGGAGACUCGGACGGCCGUCGUUUCGCUCCUACCAUCUCUCAUACGCAGUGGGAUGAUCUGCUGCGCAAGACUGGCUUCUCUGGGAUUCAACAGCGUGUCACAGACUUUGAAGAUACCACCAAGCACAUGACCUCGGUGAUGUUGUCCCAGGCUGUCAACGACGUUGUUUCUCUGCUGAAGCACCCAUUGGAACACACAACUCCCAACCUCCCUGUCAACCGGAUCGCGGUCAUUGGAGGUCAUUCUCCAGCAACAAAAGUCCUCGCCGAUGAUGUCGCAUCGCUCUUAUCCCCAUGGAGCACGGCCUCGCCUCUGCGUUUGGACACCUUCGAAGAAAUUCUUCGCCACCCUAACGCUGGAAUCACCUCCAUUGUGUCCCUGGCGGACUUGGAUGAGCCGCUGUUCAUGAAUGUCCACCGAGGAAAAUUGAGCGGAAUUCAGAGUGCCCUGGAGGGGUGUCGCCAAGUCCUUUGGGUGACCUCUGGUGCACGUGCUCGGAACCCGUACGCCAACAUGACGAUUGGACUCGGUCGGUCUCUUCUCUACGAGUAUCCCCAUAUCCGGAUGCAGUUCAUGGACAUUGAACAUGAUGUCCAGAACAAAUCUACACAUGUGGCAGCCUCACUCGCGCGUCUUCUUAUCGCGGACAAGCAUGACCUCCCUUCAACGGAGACGCUGUGGAGUGUGGAGCCAGAAGUUGCACUCGAGGGAGACAGGACCAUGAUUCCUCGAAUACUUCCCAAUGAGCGUUUGAACAAUCGCCUCAAUGCAGGAAUUCGGCAGAUUACCGAGCCGACUUUCCCGGCAGAUUCCUGCAUUCUGGUCUCCUGUGAUGAUCGGGCUGUUUCUCUCCGUGCCAGAGAGAAGCCUGCUUUCUCGACCUUAGACGCUAUUUCGAUCCGCGUGAGAUACUCGUUGCUGCACGAGAUCCAGAUCACGGGUACGAUAAAAUCAUACAUCGUCAGUGGUGUUGUUGAGCAUCCAGGCUCCAGUAAAGACUUUGCUGCAGGAAACAAUGUCGUCGCAUUGGCAGACUGCAAUGCUUCACAUGUCCAAGUCUCCCCUGAGCGGGCUAUCUUGAUUGACACUCUUGAUCCGGGAAGACUGCUGCAAGUGGCCCUUGCUCUUAUUGCAAAGAGCAUUUUGAGCGCGGUCAAGCCGCGUGGAAAUGUUCUUUUGAUUGACCCGAAUCCGACUUUGCAGCGCUUUAUCGAGACCGAGGCUGUUGAAACGGAUAUCACGGUGACGGUGGCCUCCUCAAACCGCCAGGAUCCAAAUGCUGUUCACAUUUCUCCAUUUUUGGCUCAACGACAGCUUGAAGCGCUCUUCCCAUCGAAGAUUGACCUCGUCUUCGACUGCUCUUCUCAACAGACUCAUUCGGUCAGAGGAUUCUUCGCCCGGCAUCACACAGUCACAAUGGCAGAUCUCUUCUCUUUGAAGCCUGCCGUGAAGCCAAAUUCCCUUGUUGGAAGCGCGAACUGCCAAAAGAACUUGCUAAAGGCAAGACAUGCCAUCCGCAGUGACUUCCCGGCUGUCGGUGAUUGCAUUGACCUCGUAUCAUUGAGUGAUUUGACGAAACUGCCGCUCAAUACUGCCAGCUAUUUGUCAGUCAUUGAUUUUGCCUCUGAAGCGGUCAUCCAAACGGUAGUUGAGCCUAUCCAGCCUCAGGAUCUGUUCCGAGCGGACCGUUCCUACCUUCUUGUCGGCUGCACCGGUGGAUUAGGACAGUCACUCACCCGCUGGAUGGUGAAAAAUGGCGCUCGAUACCUUGUCUUAACCAGUCGUCAAGCCAGCAAAGUUGACCGCAGAUGGUUAGAUGAGUUGAGUCAGAUGGGUGCCGAGAUAAAGCUCCAUGAACUCGAUAUCUCCAACAAACAGGCGCUUCUUGCCAUGCACGCUGAGCUGCAAGAUUCAUUCCCACCCAUUGCAGGCGUGGCAAAUGCGGCCAUGGUACUUUCUGACCGCUUGUUUAGUGACAUGACCGUGGAACAUUUGAACAUGGUCUUAGAGCCCAAAGUCACCGGUACCGCCAAUCUCGAUGAGAUAUUCUCAACUCCAACUCUCGACUUCUUCGUCUUGUUCUCGUCCUUGGCAAGCAUUGUCGGUAAUCGUGGCCAGUCCAACUACGGUGCUGCCAACCUGUUCAUGACCAGCCUGGCAGCUCAGCGCAAGCGCAAGGGCUUGGUCGGCUCUGUUCUGGACAUUGGCAUGGUGUUAGGUAUUGGAUACGUUUCGCAAAACGGCAUUUACGAAUCAACCCUUCGAAAGUUCAACUACAUGCCUAUCUCUGAACCCAAGUUUCAUGUGAUGUUCACCGAGGCUAUCGCCGCUGGUCAGCCGGAGAGCGAAACACAAGCCGAGAUCAUCACUGGCCUCCAUCGUAUUGCCGAGUCCGGUGAUAGUGACGAAAAGGCGUUCUGGUCAGGAAACCCCCGGUUCUCGCACUACACUAUCCAGGACAACCGGGACCAGGAGAAAAUUUCCACUACUGUUGUCUGCCUCCGAAAGCAGCUGGCCGAUGUGAAAGAGCUUGAGCAGGCCUCGGAAAUCGUUCUGGACGGCUUCCUCUACAAGCUCGAGCGUGUUCUGCAGGUACCCGCAGCUAACAUAAAUCCUGCUCAGCCACUCGUCAAUCUUGGAGUCGACUCAUUGAUGGCUGUUGAGGUUCGAUCCUGGUUUGUCAAAGAGGUCAACACUGACAUCCCGGUUCUUCGCAUUUUGGGAGGUGCGUCCUCGGCUGAGUUGUGUACGGACGCAGCACAAACAUAUAUCGCGACGAACCUGCCGACGCCUCCAAACGAUCGCCCAAGUGAGAGCUCCUCGUCCACAUCCGAGGCCAGCUUCAGUCACGGAAAUGAUCAGUCACAAGUGAUGAGCUCUACUACUUCCGACACUGGGUCGAUUUCCAAAAAUGACGAUGACAAGAAAGAGGAUCAACCGAGGAAGGAAAUCGACGUCCAAGACUCCAUUCCUUCUGCUUCAAGGAUCGAUCGCAUGUCUUUCGCACAGGAGCGAUUAUGGUUCCUCCGCUUGUUUUUGGACGAUCCAUCAGCCUACAAUGUCACAAUGAUGUACCGUGUCAAUGGCCCCAGCGCCAUGGCUAUGUGCAACGCAAUGAACCUUGUUCUGACUCGGCAUCAAUCUCUACGAACUGCAUUUUUCUCCGAUCGCAAAACUGGUGUCCCUAGUCAGUAUGUCCUUCCGAGGCCAAGCGCAUCGGUGAAACAGCAGUCGCUCAAGAAUGAUCGCGCUGCAUACGAGGAGUUUGACCGGCUACGCCACCAUACAUACGACCUUGAAAAUGGCGAAACGGUGGCUGCCACUCUACUUUCGCAAGCGGAGACUGAUCAUAUACUGAUCCUUGGGUUUCACCACAUCGUGUUCGACGGCUUCAGUGCUCAAAUCUUCAUCAAGGAUCUUGCAUCUGUGAUCGCAGGAAAAUCCCUACCUCCUGUCCAGCAUCAAUACAUGGAAUUUGCCAACCGGCAACGGCAACUCGUGCAAUCCACUAUGGAGCCAGAUAUAGAAUUCUGGAAAUCCCGGUUUGCAGAAUUACCGACUCCAUUGCCAUUGUUUGAUUUCUGUUUAGUGAAGUCCCGCAAGCCCUUGACUGCUUACAAUAUGCAUGGUGCCCAGCACACAAUCCCGUCAAGCACUGCCGCUGCUUUCAAGCAAAGGAUCCGCGGGCUUAACGCCACUCCAUUCUACGGACACCUUGCGAUUCUUCAAAUUCUUCUCCAUCGCUUCUUGAAUCUGGACGACCUAUGCAUUGGAAUUACGGAUAGCAACCGCACCGACACCGACUUUCUUGACACGAUCGGCUUUUUUGUCAAUCUACUCCCGUUGCGGUUCACUCUCGAUGGCAAGUCAUCGUUUGAGAAACUGCUCGGACAGACACUUCACGUCGCAUCCGAGGCACUUGAACACUCAUGUGUGCCUUUUGACGUGUUGCUUGACUCUUUGAAUAUGCCCCGAUCUACGACGCAGAGUCCACUGUUCCAAGUGCUGUUGAACUAUAAGAUGGGAUCAACAAGCAAGAUCAAGAUGCCCGGCCUUCAAGCCGAGUUGAUGGGCUUUGAAGAUGCCUGCAAUCCAUAUGAUUUGGUUUUUGAUAUUGAAGAGCAACCGGAUGGCACUACUCUGGUUGGUCUCAAGUCGCAGUCCUAUCUUUACAGUCAGAGGGACCUGGGUAUGAUUCUGGGGGCUUAUAGUUGCGUGCUCGAGUCGUGCAUCUCACAUCCGGAGCUUGCUAUCAAUCAACAUGAGCUCUAUCACCUGGAAGAUGCCGUGGCUGCGCUUCCCCUUGCGAAGGGGCCCCGUUUAGACUUUGACGACUCAGUCACCUUAUCUUCUCGUAUUGAAGACGUUGCAGCCUCCUAUGGCAGCGAAGUCGCGAUCAAGGACAGUGAGGGCUCUAGUCUCACUUAUCAGUCUAUGGACAAGCGAGUCCAGUAUAUUGCAGCCACUCUCCAGGUCGAGGGCAUAGGUGGUGGGGAUUUUGUCGCAGUAUACUGUGAGCCAUCAAUCAACUCUGUCUGCUAUUUGCUGGCGAUCUGGCGACUGAAUGCCGUCUAUGUUCCCCUCGACCCACAGAAUCCAGUGGAGCGUUUGCAGACGAUUUUAGAUGAUUGCCGGCCGGCUGCAAUCAUCUACGACGAACGCACCAAAAGCAACACCGGACAGCUCAUUCUCGGAGCGACCAAACCGGUCACCUUCUCAAGCUUUGACUCAUUCUCCUCUGUUCCUAUCACAAGCAGAGCCCAAUCAUCUUCUCCAGCUUGUGCUUUAUAUACAAGCGGUUCCACCGGAAAGCCUAAAGGCAUCGUUCUAACCCACAGAAACCUCGUCAACCAGAUCAUGGGUAUCAAGAAGACAUUCGGUCUUGUAAAAGAGAAUGUUCUCCAACAGAGCUCCCUCGGUUUUGACGUCUCCAUUGACCAGAUGAUGCAACCUUUGACCUCUUGUGGUACGCUCGUCGUUGCAUCCCGGCAUCUUCGAGGUGAUGCAUUGGAACUUACACGUCUAAUGCUCGCUGAAAAGAUUACGUACACCUAUGCAACGCCUUCUGAGUAUGCCUCCUGGCUACGCUAUGGAUCUGAUAACCUCCAUGAAUUGACUUGCUGGAAGACUGCGAUCGUUGGAGGCGAAGCUCUUCCCGCUCAUUUGAUCCGUCGAUUCCAGCAGCUAGGUCUACCCGGUCAACGCUUGAUCAACAGAUACGGCCCGACAGAAAUCACUGUUUCAAGCUCUUGUAUGGCGUUCGAUAUUUCAGACUCUACCGUUGCCGACCUACCAGCUGUCAGCAUUGGGACGACACUCCCGAACUAUUCAACCUACAUUCUUGCCCCCGAUGGGUCCCCUGUCCCUGUCGGUUUUGUGGGAGAAAUCGUUGUGGGAGGCAGUGGUGUUGCUUCGGGCUACCUUGGGCGAGAUGAGCUGACUUGUCAACGUUUUGUGCCCGAUCCUUUCGCCAGCAAAGCAGACAUUGAUCGCGGGUUUACAACCAUGUACCAUACCGGGGACAAGGGUAGGCUGCUACCAAGUGGUGAGCUUUUCUAUCUCGGUCGCAUGGAUGGGGACAAUCAAAUCAAACUGCGAGGAUUCCGCGUUGAGCUGGAUGAGAUCGCCAAUACCGUCUUGCGCCAAGCAAAGGGUCGCCUUGCUGAGGCUGUCGUCUCAGUCCGAGGAACCCACGAUGAAGAGGGAGACCGACGAUACCUCGUCGCUUGGAUUAUUCCUUCCCCUGGAACCUGCGCCGCUGACGAUCUACAAGAGUUUAUUUCUGUACUUCCUUCCCGUCUGCCUCUUCCUUCUUACAUGAUACCUCGUAUCUACGUGACCGUGGAGGACUUCCCUCGAAACCCCAACGGCAAGCUCGAUAGGCGGGCCUUGGACCAGCUGGAACUUCCCAAGAAUGAGGAUCAUGGUAGUAGCUUUGACUUCUCUGCGCAGGAACUGGGUAUGAUCGAAAUUUGGAAGACCUGUCUCGAUGAAUCUGCUCUCCCGUCCACCUGGAGUCGCUCGACGGACUUUUUUCAGCUCGGUGGUAACUCACUCUUGAUGAUCCGAUUAAAAGCGCUCAUCCGUGAGAAUCUUGGAUUUGACCUCCCUCUGACUUCACUUUUCCAAUCUUCUACUAUCGAGGGAAUGGCUGCGCAGUGCGUCUCCGAGACAACCAAGUCGCCUACAUUGAGAAUUGACUGGGCUGCCGAAACAAGGCUUGGAGAAGAAGAGCACAAGUCGGCUUGCUCCAAAGCUUCAACGCCGACACCCAAUACAAAUGGCACAAAAGAAGGUCUGGAAGUCUGUCUGACUGGGGCAACUGGAUUCUUGGGCUCGGCCAUCUUGCAACAAUUGGCGGCCAACGAUCAGAUCUCACGCAUUCACUGUGUCGCGAUCCGGCCAUCCAAAAAUGAAGCCGCUCCUCGUGAACUCGCAGUCAAGUCAGCAAAGGUCAUUCGGUAUGCCGGUGAUUUGAGCUCGCCUAGGUUUGGGCUCGACCCAGAAGCUUGGGAAUCUCUCGGAAACACCAUUGAUGUGAUCAUUCACAACGGUGCCGAUGUCUCAUUCCUAAAGUCAUAUCAGUCUCUUCGAGCCGCAAACUUGCAAUCGACCCGCCAGCUGGCCUGUCUGGCACUUGAACGAUCCAUUCCUCUUCACUUCGUCUCCACCGGUGGAGUUUCACAGCUCGUAGGAGCUGAAGCAUUAUCACCACAAUCCGUCUCCGAGGUCACUCCCCCAGUCGACGGCUCCAAAGGAUAUGUUGCCUCGAAAUGGGCGGCCGAGGCAUACCUGGAAGCCUGCGCGUCCCGGUACAAUCUCCGGUGUACAAUCCAUCGGCCAUCCAACAUCGUUGGAGAGGGGGUGCCAGCUACCGACCUCAUGCAGAACAUUCUGAAAAUCUCCGUUGACCUAGGCGUCGUACCAACCACCGAUGGGUGGACAGGAGCUUUUGACUUUGUUCCGGUUGCAGACGUUGCUACUGGCAUUUGCAAUGCCAUACUCAAGAGGGAAGAUACGGUGCCUGGCCGAGUACACAUUUUACACCACUGUGGGGAUGAGAAAAUCCCUGUUAGUGAUGUCAAAGCCUUCCUUGAACAUCAAUUUGGAGUCGAACUUCGGACAGUUGACGUGAAUACCUGGAUGGAAGAAGCGCAUCAAGCCAAUCUACCCGAAGUUCUGGAGAGUCUAAUUGGAGCUACUCUCAGGAUUGAGAACGGGCAAGUAGUGCCUUACUUGUCUCGGUCAUAA